CAUUACAAAAAAAGAAAAAGAAAACCUGUCGAAUAAUUAUGAUCUCUUGUUUUUAAUUCCUAAAUCCCAAAUAUACAAAAGAAUACAAAAAAUCUCCUUAUACAUGAGCAUUCUUCUCACCCACCCAUUUAUAAUAUUUCUCUUUGUUAACUCCGCCACUGUCGCCUGAUUCUCUCUAUAUAUAAUGAUGCAUUUUUAUAUAGAAAAGCAUACCCCUUUUACCUUUUCUAUCACCCAGCCAUGAAAUCCACCGUCCCUCCCACCACCACAACCACAACCACAACUACUCUUUACAAGCGCAAGAAAGACAUCAACUUGACCUCCGUCAACGACAGUGUUGACAUGGUUAGCAACAAGAACUUUGCUAACGGUAAUGUUAAUGGUGGUGGGGGCUACACUGCUUUUAAUAGGUUUGACCCAUCGUUCAUGAAAUGGACGACUCAUGAUGUGGUCAAUGUAGUCAAGUUUCAUUGGUUACCGUGUGUUUUUGGACUUGGGUUGCUAUUCUUUAUGGCCGUUGAAUACACUCUUCGCAUGGUUCCGGCUUCUUCUCCGCCUUUUGAUUUGGGGUUUCUGGUUACGCGCCACCUUCAUCUCUUGCUUUCUUCUUGGCCGGCGCUCAACACUUUGUUGGCUUUUCUUAAUACGGUGUUUGUUUUGAUGCAAACCGCAUAUAUAUUGUGGACGUGGCUAAUAGAGGGCAGACCAAGAGCUACAAUUUCGGCUUUAUUCAUGUUCACUUGCCGUGGGAUUCUUGGCUACUCCACUCAGCUUCCACUUCCUGAGGGAUUUCUGGGAUCAGGAGUUGAUUUUCCAGUAGGAAAUGUGUCAUUCUUCCUGUUUUUCUCCGGCCAUGUCGCGGGGUCUGUGAUAGCAUCGCUCGAUAUGAGAAGAAUGCAGAGAUGGGAAUUGGCAUGGACAUAUGAUGUGCUUAAUGUUCUACAAGCUGUGAGGCUACUAGGCACUAGAGGCCACUAUACAAUCGACUUAGCAACUGGUGUAGGUGCUGGCAUUCUGUUUGAUUCACUUGCGGGGAAAUAUGAAGAGAGCAAGAGAAAACAGGCUGUUGUUGCUAAAGAGUCUUCUUUGUUUAGUUAAUGUAAAAUGCAGGGAAUGCCCAAAAUUUAUGGAAAAGAAAGAACAUAUGAGCAACUAUAGCCUGUAACCGUAACAUUUUUUUGAAAGACCUGUAACCAUAACUUUUGAAAUGUCAAAAGAAAUGGAAAACUGGUUAUUGUGCAUGUAAGGGGGGAAAAAGAAAGAAAGGGCGUAAAUGGGCAGGUUAAUGUAGCUUGCUUCUUUCUUAAGCUCAUUGCUUCCUUUUGAGGCAUUGGCUUUAUUGGUUUAUUUUAAAUAGAUGGAAAUGGGUGCUACCGAUUCUGUUUGUUCA